UGUUGCUAUGUUCCCACUUUCAUGGGUGUGGUGAUUAGCCUGCUUGGUGAAAAUUUUAGUCAAAUCCGACACGAGUCGCGCUCGCUUCUGACCAUUUAAACCGAUUAAAACGGGCUUAAAAUUAGCUCCCUUUGCGAUUCCCUCACAGCUGCGGCCAUGGUUGUCGUGUGAAAACGGAUCGGUGUGACUCGGACUGAAGGACGGACGGAGCCCCAAACCGCCUGUUUUCAGGCGUCAGCUGGUAAAGUGUGCGUGAGUGUGUGUGUGUGUGUGUGUGUGCGUGUGAGUUUGCAUGCGUGUGUGAGCAGGCACGUGUGUUUUCCCAGCGUAGUCGGUGUGCAGAGCGCGGCCCAUCAGCGAAACAAUGAGCGAGCUGGAACAAUUGCGACAGGAAGCUGAGCAACUACGCAAUCAGAUUCGGGAUGCCAGAAAAGCCUGCAGCGACUCCACACUGUCACAGAUCACAGCUGGUCUGGACUCGGUGGGCCGGAUACAGAUGCGGACGCGACGCACUCUCAGGGGCCACCUGGCCAAGAUCUAUGCAAUGCACUGGGGGAGUGACUCCAGGUUACUUGUCAGUGCAUCACAAGAUGGGAAGCUAAUCAUCUGGGACAGCUACACAACAAACAAGAUGCACGCCAUCCCUCUGCGCUCUUCAUGGGUGAUGACGUGCGCCUACGCCCCUUCUGGAAACUACGUGGCCUGCGGAGGUUUGGACAACAUCUGCUCCAUAUACAGCCUGAAGACCCGCGAAGGCAACGUGCGCGUCACCAGAGAGCUACCUGGACACACAGGUUAUUUGUCCUGCUGCCGUUUCUUGGAUGAUAACCAGAUACUCACCAGCUCUGGAGACACCACCUGUGCAUUGUGGGACAUAGAGACAGGCCAGCAAACUACAAGCUUCUCUGGCCACACAGGCGAUGUGAUGAGCUUGUCUUUGAGCCCGGACUACAAGACCUUUGUGUCGGGAGCCUGUGACGCCACUUCCAAGCUGUGGGACAUCCGCGACGGCAUGUGCAGGCAGUCGUUCACCGGCCACGUGUCUGACAUCAACGCCGUCACCUUUUUCCCCAAUGGGAAUGCCUUUGGGACGGGCUCUGACGACGCCACCUGCAGGCUGUUUGAUCUGCGUGCAGACCAGGAGCUGAUGACGUACAGCCACGACAACAUUAUCUGCGGCAUCACCUCCGUGGCGUUCUCCAAGAGCGGCCGCCUGCUCCUGGCCGGCUACGAUGACUUCAACUGCAACGUCUGGGACACGCUGAAGGGCGAGCGUGCAGGUGUGUUAGCGGGCCACGACAACAGAGUGAGCUGCUUAGGAGUGACGGGCGACGGCAUGGCUGUGGCCACCGGCUCCUGGGACAGUUUCCUCCGGAUCUGGAAUUAAACGAGCCUGUCAUACUCAAAAACUACCCCCUCCUCCCUCCACAACCCCACCCGGCAUAUCCCAACUCAUCACUGGGCGGGUGCACACACUGUGUUAGCUGACUCUCCUUAACCCCAGUUAUCAUCUCUGCUGGUGACCUGUGAGAAAGCACCAGCUGCUUCCUACCAGAUGUUUAGUUUUGUUCAGCGAGCCGUUGCUCAGCAGCAGAAAUCAGAGUGUCCAGUAAAAAUGUUAAGAAAAGAAGAUUUGGUCCUCACACGAAUAAUUUUCCAAAGGUAUGUGUUACCAUGACUAACAACAAGAUUAGCAUCGGUGUCUAACAUGUACAUUUAUAUAUAAAGACAGUAUAUACAUAUAUAUGUAUAGCAUUGUGUGUGUAUAUAUGCAUCAUAUAUGCAUAUAUAAUGUGUAUGUAUAUAUUUUUGUAGAUUAUUUCCAGCCCUUGAGUUUAGUUUUUUUUAUAAAUAUCAUUUUUGAUAUGGUAUUUUAUUUUGAAUGGACAUACUCAUGUAAUGCAACAAGAUGCCAAAUCGUGUGGGAGUUUAAACGGAUACAAAGCAGCGUAACGUUUCCAAAUUUUCCCGUUGAUUUAGCGACGCCGAUUCAUCGUGCACAGGAUCUGACACCUAAACCAAAAACUCACCUUAUUCACCUGUAUCUCUGUGUUAUGGUUACAGGUGGUGACAUCAUUCAUGCACCCUGUACCUGUAAAUGUUGCAUUCAUGUCAAUGAUGGCUGUGAUCGCUCUCUUUUUAAAAAAGAACAAAAACCAACAAAAAAAGCCUGAAUCCCAGCGUUCCCACCAGUCUUUUAUUUUGGAAGGAAAUGAUUGGAGUGCUGUGGUUGUGAUUUAAGUCUGGAUCCAGCCCCAAAGUAGAAACUGGUGAAUUGUAGACUCAGAUAGAAACUUUAUUUUAUCCGAGGCCCUGCUUGAGUGGACUGUGGAUGCUCAGGGGGCCGCUUCGGUCGCAAUGAUAGGAUUGAAGGAGGUCGUUGCAUCCCUGUUUCGUACGGCCUGCACAAUCUGAGAUCACGCGCCGCCCUUCGAAUGACGCUGGUGUAGAAAACGGCGCUGCAAGUGGACACCUUAUCCCCGAGCGGCCCUUUAAAGGAGGAGCUUCAUGUCAGGACCGCCAAGGACAUUAGUGACUCCGUCAGAAGGAGGGACGACGGCCACAGCUCACCGUGACGGUUUUUUUUCAAUGAAGGAUGGGUUGUUUGUGUCAUUAACAAGGUGUGUGACCAUGACAGCCAAAGUCACAGCAGUGCCACCACAGGCCUGUAAAAGAAGAAGAAACUACACAUUUUUAAGGGUUUAACACUUUCACUGUUUUCAACAGAAACAUUAUGAACUGUUAAAUAUGGCAAGUGAAAUGUACACUUAGUAGAGAGCUAGAACAGCACUCAUGAACUGUAGUACAAAUGUUAAACCGUCGAGCACACGUGACUUAUUUACACAUAGACGUGGUAAUUCUGAUUUAAGUAUUUUCUUAUCGUGCAUCUUCCAUUAUUCUCAGCUCCUUAAAAGGCUUUAAACACUCACACAUGUGACGUGUGUGAGUUGGACCUAUCCAUCAGCUGUCUCAGGUGCCUAUUUAUAGAUGUAAACAUUGAGCCACACGGGCGGGAUAACGAGGGUUGGUGCACCUGUGGAUGUGGAACUAUCGUGUCUCCAUUCUGCCUUACGAUAUCAUUCAUAAUCGGAGGUUAAACGAGCUUCAGCUACCGUAAUGUUUUUCUCUCACGCUUCCUGUUUAGCCGCUGAUCAAUAAGAACGUUUUCCCGUAGAACACUACAAAAAGAAGGCAUGCCUGCAGAAAACCCACCGCAACACCACAGACGGCUUAGAGUGCUCGGCAGCACCUUUUAUACAACUCUGCUUUCUAAUAUUACUGCAGAUCCGUUUGUAGUAUGUGUGAGAUGCCUGUUUGCCCCCGUGUCUACUGACCCGUCUGCUGCUUCGUCACAGCUUUGCAUCAUGAAAGUCCUUUUUCAGCAAAUGUUAAAAAGCAGUUAUUUGAACCUGAGAAUAUCUGUGUGAGGUGUGUGUGGGGUGUAAUCUGAUGAUGUUUGUGGAUAACGUAUAGAUCCAAGUGUUAGACUGGUGCCAAAGUUACCCACAGACCUUGAGCUGUGAACUGAAAACUACACGUUAGCUCACUGUACUCCAGUGGCAGCCUCCUCCUCCUCCUCCUCCUCCUCUUCCUCCAUCAAAUCAAAAGUCACCUCAGCGUCUGAUUUUCAAUCCAGUCUGGUGUUUGAUGAUCAAACAGGGCGGCUGCUUACAUGUGACGGUGAUGAUGAGGAGAGGACGAUGAGUUUUCCCAGAGUGCUGACAGAGCUCAUUUUUCUAUUCAGCUCGGUGGACAUAAGGUGUUCACAGGUCCUCAGCUUGAAUUUAAAGAAGCAGUAUGAACUUUUGGGAAAUGUGCUUUCUUGCAGUCGUAUCAGAAUAUUAAAUUUCAUUAAAAUGUCACUGGAUGGGGGCACGGUAAAUACAAACUGUAAUAUUCAGACCGUCACAGAAACCAGACAACAUAAUACAUGAAUGGGUUUGUUUUUCCAAUUUAUUGCUUUAAAAUGUAUUGAGACAUUUCUUUCACUGGGAAAAAUUCACAGUAACGAUGUGGAAGUCUCAAACUCACAAAACCACACAUAUCAGACGUGAUACAUCAGGGUUAAACAGCCAGGAACAUCCAAAGUCUCCAUCCUGGUGUUUGUGAUAGAGUGACCUUCAAACCACACGAUCGUGGGUUAAUUACUUGACACUCGUGUGUCAUUAGCAUAACGUGACCAAAAUGUACAAAUUAGACUUUAUUAAUCUAGUGUGACUCUAACUGAGCAGCUGAGUCUGUAACUGGUAGAGGUCCACCUCUGUAGGCACUGUCUGUGAUGCCUGACAGUAACGAGAUGCUGCGUGUUCAUAACGGCCUUUGUCACAAUUAAAGUGCUUCUCUUAAUGAGGAAAAACACUUUUCUCAACAUUUUUCCUGUAAAAACAGAAACAACUUCAAGAUUAAAUGGACUCGUAUUCAUACUACCUGAGCUGCAUUCAGCCAUAGCGCUUUAUUCUGAGAUCCACACCAUGAAGAAUAAGAAUGAAAGGCAGGGUUUCCCAGAGAGGCAAACGAUGACUGAACAGAAAUAUGAAGCCUCUAAAUAUUGUUGUGAGAUUUUGCCUUUCAGCGCUUUUAAAGAAUAAAUAGGAUCCAUCUCGGUCAUCUAAGCGUGCGAGUCCCCGUGCCAGGAAGUGAGUAAACACCUUUCCCACAAUGUUGAACUGUUCCUUUAGUUUUUUCACUUUCAUUUGCCAACAUUAGCUGUGGAAAAAAAAACACCUUAGCCCUUAACAGCUUAAAAGGAAGUGUGUGUCUGUGUGUGUGGGGGUGUUGUCUGCAUUACUGACAGUGACUUUUAGCAGACAACCAUCGUGUCGCUCUGUAAUUCAGCACUAUUAGCAGCUGGAACCCGGGAACAGUAAUCCUUUUAUGUGCCUGUGCCGUUCGCUCAUGCAAGUAGAGCAGGAAACUCUUCAGUCAAAAACAAAACAAAUACAGGUGCUUGACUUCAUCUAACUGUUGUAUUUACCUGAAGUCUUUUCCAGUUCAUCCCCGCAGCCCUACGUGAUGUCCUUAUUUGAUACUUUUAGAGUCCAAAAGUACCAAAAACCCCAGUGUGUUCAUUAUUGAAGUAGACUUGACUGCACGCUGUUGUUUUUCAGCAGCUUUGGCGCAUGCAGUGCAGAUGUUGAACCUCAGAGCAGGCUUGCAAACGUCAUUGCUGCACGCAUUCGCAGUAUUUUUGGCAAAGGCCGUGCAAGUUCAUUAGAAAAUGAAAAAGUUGUUUCUGAAAGUCGCUCAUCAGAGGAAAAAAGUAUUCCCCAUUAGCAUUACAGGACCGCCACCGCAUGGUCACAAGAAAAUGCACUGCCCUUCAAAUCUACUUUGACUUACUGUUCUGAAACUUCCUUCGUUUGAUUUUUAUUUAUUAUGUUUUAAGCCAGUAAAGACCAGGGACUUGGUGCCAUGAUAAUUCUCUUACAGUGCUAUUGUGUGAAAUUAUAAUCACUUGUUAUGGAAUAAUUUUUAUAGUCUUUUUUUCACACCAGACCUUUUUUUUUGUACUUGUACAGUGGCGUGGUGAUACUGAUACGUUGCCAUGAAUUAUUGUAACCAAUAAAAAGCUUUUAACCAAGAAAA